GUGAGCGCGACACCGCCAUCAAGCGUAAGGCCGCUGUCAUUGUCGACAACAUGUGCAAGCUCGUCGACGACCCCAACAUCGUUGCUCCUUUCUUGCCCAAGAUGAUGCCCGGUCUCCAGAAGAACUACGACAACCUCGCUGAUCCCGAGGCCCGUGAGAAGACCAAGCAGGCUCUCGACACCCUCACCCGUGUCGGUAACGUUGUUGACGGCAAGAUCCCCGAGGCUCAGAACCCCGGUGAUGUCAACAUCGUCCUCGCCCACCUCAAGGAGAUCCUCGGCAGCAAGUACGCCUCUGCUUUCGACAAGUUCGCCCCCAUUGUCGAGUACGUUGCCGCCGUUGCCGGUCAGCUUGUCGACGAGAAGGCCACCGAGUCCUCCAUCUGGGCUGAGGCCGUCAAGCCCUACCUCACUGUCAUCGUUGGUGACGCUGAGUCCGAGGCUCUCACCGAUGCCCUCCGCAAGAAGGCUACCCCCGGUGCCGCUGAGGCCGAUGAGGCUGAGGCUGACGACGAGGAGGGUGAGGAUCUCUGCAACUGCACCUUCUCCCUUGCCUACGGUGCCAAGAUUCUUCUCAACCAGACCCACCUUCGUCUCAAGCGUGGCCAGCGCUACGGUCUUUGCGGUCCCAACGGUUCCGGCAAGUCCACCCUCAUGCGCGCCAUCAACAACGAGCAGGUCGAGGGUUUCCCCAAGCAGUCCGAGGUCAAGACCGUCUUCGUUGAGCACGACCUUGACUCCGAGGAUACUGAGAUGACCACCAUUGACUGGACCAUGAAGAAGCUCAAGGAGGCUGGUGUCGACACCUCCCGCGAGGAUGUCGAGGCCAAGCUCGCUGAGUUCGGCUUCAGCACCGACAUGAUCAAGAACGACAUCUCUGCUCUUUCCGGUGGUUGGAAGAUGAAGCUUGCCUUGUGCCGUGCCGUCUUCGAGGCUCCCGAUAUUCUUCUCCUCGACGAGCCUACUAACCAUUUGGAUGUCAAGAACGUUAAGUGGCUCGAGGAUUACCUCAAGAGCUCCCCUUGCACUUCCAUCAUCGUUUCUCACGACUCUGGCUUCCUCGACAACGUCUGCCAGCACAUUAUCCACUACGAGCGCUUCAAGCUUAAGCGUUACCGUGGUAACCUCAAGGACUUCGUCUCUCGUGUCCCCUCUGCCAAGUCCUACUACGAGCUCGGUGCCUCCGAGAUGGAGUUCUCCUUCCCCGAGCCCGGUUUCCUUGAGGGUGUCAAGACCAAGGCCAAGGCCAUUCUCCGUGCCACCAAGAUGUCCUUCCAGUACCCCGGUACUGCCAAGCCCCAGAUCUCCAACAUCUCCUUCCAGUGCUCGCUCGGCUCCCGUAUUGCCGUCAUUGGCCCCAACGGUGCCGGCAAGUCCACCCUCAUCAACGUCCUCACUGGUGAGCUCAUCCCCACCGAAGGUGAGAUCUACCAGCACGAGAACAUCCGUAUCGCCUACAUCAAGCAGCACGCUUUCGCCCAUAUCGAUAACCACCUCGACAAGACUCCCUCCGAGUACAUCCAGUGGCGUUUCCAGACUGGUGAGGAUCGUGAGACCAUGGAUCGUGCCAACAAGAUCAUCACCGAGGCCGAUGAGGAGGCCAUGAACAAGGUUUUCAAGGUCGAGGGUACUGCCCGUCGUGUCAUUGGCAUUCACAGCCGUAGAAAGUUCAAGAACUCCUACGAGUACGAGUGCUCUUUCGCCCUCGGCGAGAACAUUGGCAUGAAGAACGAGCGCUGGGUCCCCAUGAUGACCGCUGACAACGCUUGGUUGCCCCGUAACGAGCUUCUCGCUUCUCACCAGAAGAUGGUUGCCGAUGUCGAUAUGAAGGAGGCCCUCGCCUCCGGUCAGUUCCGUCCCCUUGUCCGCAAGGAGAUCGAGUCUCACUGCGCCAACUUCGGUCUCGAUGCCGAGCUUGUUUCUCACUCCCGCAUGCGCGGUCUCUCCGGUGGUCAGCGUGUCAAGGUCGUCCUUGCCGCCUGCUCUUGGCAGCGUCCUCACUUGAUCGUCCUUGACGAGCCUACCAACUAUCUCGAUCGUGACUCUCUUGGUGCCCUUUCCAAGGCCCUCAAGAAGUUCGAGGGUGGUGUCAUCAUCAUUACUCACUCUGCCGAGUUCACCAAGGACUUGACUGAGGAAGUCUGGGCUGUCUUGGACGGCAAGAUGACUCCUUCCGGCCACAACUGGGUCCAGGGCCAGGGCUCUGGUCCCCGCCUCAAGGAGGAUGAUGGCGAGGAGGAGGACAAGUUCGAUGCCAUGGGCAACAAGAUCGUCUCCACCAAGAAGAAGGCCAAGCUCUCUUCUGCCGAGCUCCGCAAGAAGAAGAAGGAGCGUAUGGCUCGCCGCAAGCGUGGUGAGGAGGUCUUCUCUGACGAGGACGACUUCUAAAUCACUCGUUGCUGAUGGGUGGUACAAGACUGAUUUCACUUUGUCAACGGAGAUCAAAAGUUGCUUUUUCUGGGUCCGGUUUGCAUGGUCAGGCAUCGUGGGUUUUGCGUCUACUUCGGUGUUAUGAGCUUUUUAGAUCAUAAUUUCUCUUGCGUGACGACCGUUGCAGCGUAUCGUUCUACUGGGUGACCGGGAGGCAAGGAUUGGGAACGGUUGGGGACUGGAGACCCCCGAGAUGGUCCUGUCCAUUCUGAUGUCUUCAUGGUGUGGCCCGUAUGGAGGAAAAAAGGAGGAUACCCAACGUGGAUAUUACGAAAGAGAUGCAUGAUGUUCUAGAUGAUAGACGACUUAAAAGUCACACUUGAUUACAACAACGCAUGUCUAUUUGUGCAA